AUGGUGGCGAUGAAGAAACUCUGGAAGAUAUUGCCGCUUUGUGAUGGAGGUAGCGAUGGUCCGUUGCCCCCAAGUGAGUAUUACACCCUCAAUCAUUGGAAGAGGCUGUUCUACCGCAUUAAAUACCGACCGAGACGGGUGGCCGAUCUAGUCAUGAUAUUCUUUAGCAUCUUCCUAGAGUGGUUGGGGAGUACACUAUUGGCACCCGUCACACCAUGGUAUAUCGAGGAUCUAGCUCCCGAUAUGAACCAGGGUACAGCCGCCUCUAUUCUAAUGGCUGCUUAUGCUGUGGGGACGUUCCUUGCCUCUCUAGUCACCGGACCACUCAGUGAUAGACUCGGUCGUCGUCCAGUGUUUCUGUCGGCAAUGACUAUCUACACCGUUGCUCAGUUCCUCAUGGCCAACGCUUGGGAUAUCGGCAGUUUUGCCGGCUUCCGUGCUAUGGCUGGGGUUGCCGCUGGUACUAGACCUUGUAUUAUGGCGUACCUUACAGAUAGUAGUCGGCCUAUCGAUAUGAAGCUCUAUGGUGUCUUCAUGGGCUUGUUUGUGGUGGUGGGACAAAGUCUAGGGCCUGCGAUAGGUGGUGCUCUAGCCAGCGUUAGUCUUUCCUUUCCAUUCUACUUUAUUGGUGUUAUCUCUGCGAUUCUACUGGUGUUUAUGUAUAUCUUCCUGAGGGAGUCUUUGGUGAAGGAUGAGCAUGGUAUGCCUGUGAAUCGAUUUGCUCGCCGCCCGGAGGAUAAAGAGCCUCCAGCUAACAAAUACCUCUGGCCGACUGUUGUCUGCCUUGCUAUUGCGUCUUUCUCGGGACAGUACCUUCAAAUAAACUGGUCGACUGUCUUCGGUCUAGUAGGUGCCGAUCAGUAUCAUCUAUCAACAUCGGCAAACGGCGGAGUACUGGGCAUUCAGGCUAUAGCAUCAAUCGUGGUUAACUGUAUUUAUCUGCCUUUAACUCAUUUGCUCGAGUCGGCGUUACUCGGCUCGAUUGGGAUGCUCAUAUCCAUCGGUAUAAUUGGUGUUCCUUUCAUAGACAACCUCGUUGGAGUUAUUUUCCUGGGUAUGUGCAUCCAGGCCGGAACCGCCUUGUAUUUCGCUGGUAUGGCUUAUUUCAACUCGGUCAUCGCACCACCAAAAAAGCGAGGUCUCAUCAAUUCCUCCGUCAUGGGUGCUGCCAAUGUCGGUGGCAUCGUAGGGCCUCUGGUGGGUGGUGAUCUCUAUGAUCUUGAUCCGACGUAUCCAUUCUAUCUCAGUGUUAUACUAUCUUGUAUUGCUGUCUAUGGAUUAGCACGAGUCAUUCAGUGA